GAAAUAAAAUAAGUUGGCAUCAUUGAUGUUCUUACCAAACAUUUGGACUUGUAGACACAGCUCAAACCGAUGCAUGAAAUAGAUAAUCGAUAACCAUUGCAACAGCUUCUUCUUUAUCAUUUGCCAGUAGUACUCGAUGAUGUAUUCAGUCCAAAUGAAGUCCCCAACACCACAGUUAAUGCUCACACGAGCAGCAUCCCCACCACCCCUCCUGCCUCUCUCUCUCACUCUCUCUCUCUCUCUCUCUCUCACCCACCCCUUCUGUUUUAAAGGCAAAUAAACUCAAGUUUUCUACUCCUUCACACCCUCCAUUAAUGCAUGCCACAGCAAAACCAACUUCUCCUCCUCCUCCUCCUCCUCCUCCUCCUUACUGUCUCUGAGAGAACCAGAUGGGCAGGAAGCUAGGCUUGAGCUCUCUCUUGUUCAAGCUCAGGGACACACCGAAGCCUUCUUGCUACCCGUCUUCUUCUCCUUCUUCUUCUUCUUGGUCGUGGCCCUCAUGUAAGCAACCGAAGACCAGCUCCUUCCGGGACGUCGACGGCGACGCCAUCUACAAGACCGUCAACUCGGUGUACUUCGACUCCAACGAGUCAUGCUUCUCCCGUUCAUCGGAAGAGCAUGAGAGCUUCUCCACGGUGUCGGAGGACUCGGGCGGUGGCUCGCUGGAGACGGUCGUGCGCGGGGUGCGGUCGGACCGGCUCUUCUUCGACCCCGGCGGGGCGAGCUCGAUACUGGAGGAGGCGAGGGCCAGCGAGCCGCCGUUCGAGGGCAGCGUCGCGUUAGCCGUGGAGUCGGACGACCCCCACCGCGACUUCCGGCGGUCGAUGGAGGAGAUGGUGACGGCGCACGGGCUGAGGGACUGGGAGCGACUCGAGGAGCUGCUGGGUUGGUAUCUGCGGGUCAACGGGAAGACGACCCAUGGGUUCAUAGUUGGAGCCUUUGUGGAUUUGCUUGUAGGCCUCGCUUCUUCUUCUUCUUCUUCUCCUCCACCUCCUCCUCCUCCUCCUCCAUCUUCUGCAUCAUCUUCCAACUCCUUUAAGAUCGAGGAACUCAAAGAGGAGGACGCCAGUGGAUCAAGUUAGCUUCCUUUAAUCCAACAAAAAC